AUGCCCCCAACACGGUCAAAAGAGUCUGCCAAUGGUAGCGCAACGUCGAAAAAAGAUGCACGAGAGAUUCUCCAGGAAAGUGAGGAGAGCGACAGUGACAAUGAGAGCAUAGACAUGAUGGAUAAGGACUCCGAUGAGGAGGACUUAGAUAGACUUGUUCUUGGAGAUGGUGCAGGAUUUACGGCUCAAUUGGGUCAAGAUAUGGACUUUGAGCUGGAAGAAAACUCAGAGGGAGAAAUGGGUGAAGAUGAGGAGCAGGAGGAUGUUGGAAUUGAGGGUGUUAACGAUGCAGAUUUGUUCUUUCUCGACUCUGGACCAUCUACAGUGCCUCAAGACGCAUUAUUAUCGCGAUCACAACCCGGAGAGGAAGAAGGAGGAGAUGCGCUUGCCUGGGAAGAUAGCGACGAUGAUCGAUUAAAUGUAUCUCUUGCAGGAAAUCCUCGAUUAAGGAAACUUAGAGUCAACGAAGGAGAAGAUGUGGUUAGUGGGAGAGAAUAUACAAGACGGUUAAGAAUGCAGUUUGAAAGACUCAAUCCUGUUCCGGAAUGGGCACAAUCUUCUAAACCGACAAAGCGACGUCGCAGAUCAUCUGCGAGCUCUGAUUCUUCAAUAUCAUCGAAUGAUAUGGACGUUGAUGAUUCUGACCUUUCAACACUACCCCUCGCAAGACUUCUUCAAGAUGCUGGGGCACUCACAAAAGAAACUCCCGCGACCUCCAAACGACCAAAACUUCGACCUGAAGUUAUUGAUAUUCAAAGAACGAGGGAUAUACCCAAAGCCCAACCAUCAGCCGUCACUUCUCUUUCCUUCCACCCUAAAUACCCAGUCAUACUUUCUUCAGGCCCAGCAUCGACUUUAUAUCUACAUCACUACGCACCUACAGCUCAUCCUCAUCCUAAUCCACAACUUACCAGCGUCCACGUUAAAAAUACUCCGAUUGCUACAUCAGCAUUCCUUCAUCCUUCCGGAGACAAAAUCAUUUUCGCUGGUCGACGACGUUAUUUCCACAUGUGGGAUCUUCCCUCUGGAGAAAUUAAUAAGAUCACGCGGGUUUAUGGUCACCAGGAUGAGCAGAAGACCAUGGAAAGGUUCAAGCUCAGUCCAUGUGGCCGAUAUAUGGGAUUGAUCGGUUCGUCGAAAAAAGGAGGCGGUAUUAUAAAUGUUCUCGAUGCAAACACCACACAAUGGAUAGCAUCAGCACGGGUCGAAGGCAAGAAUGGAGUUGCUGAUUUCGCAUGGUGGAAGGAUGGAGAAGGAUUGACUGUUGUGGGAAAGGGUGGUGAAGUAGGCGAAUGGAGUAUGGAAUUAGGAUCUUUCGUCGCCCGUUGGAAUGACGAUGGUUCUAUUGGUGCUACUGUUCUCACGCUCGGUGGAUCCAAUGGACCUAAGCAACUCGGUGGACAUCGUUGGGUAGUGAUUGGGUCUCAAAGCGGUGUGGUCAAUAUCUACGAUCGCAAGAAUUUUGUCUCCGGAAACGAUAUAAAAAUACCCGAUAGACCUGAGCCAAAUAGACGACUUCUGCAAUUGACCACACCCACAAGUCAUUUGCAAAUUAGUCUCGAUGGACAAUUGUUGGUCUUUGGUAGUAGGUGGAAGAAAGAUGCCUUGAGAUUGGUACAUCUACCUAGUUGUACGGUGUAUAAGAAUUGGCCAACUUCGAACACGCCAUUAGGAAGAAUCUCUUCCGUAGCAUUCGGGAGUGAAAGUGAUGUCUUGGCGGUUGGUAACGAAGCUGGAAAGAUUAGGUUGUGGGAAAUUAGGAGUUAG